CAUUUCAGUUUGGGUAAAAUUGUGGCAAAGUGAAAAUGGUUUUGAAAACGCUCAUCCUACUUGUAUCAGCUUUGAGCUUCUCAUCGUCGCAGCAAAUGACGUGCACCUACUCGAUCAACACUGCUUAUUUCGACAAACCAUAUCAGUGCACGUUGAACGUGAACAAUCCCGACGGACUUGAUGAUGCUAUUUCUAUUGGAGGAACGCAUUUAGGAACGAGUAUAAUGGAUCAGUAUGGUAAUCUGGUGUCAACAUACAACAACGAUUCGAGUGUUCAAAUCGUUAAGGUCGUCGGUGUCACCAAAAAUAUUCCAACGGCAAUUUGCAGACAGUUUCCAAACAUUCGGGAAUUGGAUCUUACUGAUACGAGCCUCCAAAUUCUUUCUGCAACGAAAUGCAGUAAACUGAUCAGUCUUACGGUGUGGUACAAUCAGAUCGAGGAGUCGGUCGUUGACUUAUGCCAAUACCAACCGGCAUUGCAACAGAUUACGAUGAGUUUCAACAAAAUAUACAUCUUGAGUGAUGUAACGUUGAGAAGUUGCAAGAACCUUCUCAGGUUCCAGGUCGCAAUCAAUCAGAUACCCACAAUUAGCUCUACAUUUUUCGCCAACACGCCAAUCAUCCAGUCAAUAGCCAUUGGAGAAAACCCCAUUACAGUGAUUCCGAAUGGACUCUUCAAUGGAUUGUCCAAACUGUUGUUUUUAUACAUAAACAACUUGCUCAUCACGGACCUUCCUCUUAACAUAUUCGCCGACACAAAUCAACUGAAAGGAUUGAAUAUGCAAAACAACAAACUGAUGACCAUCACUUCGAAAUGGUUCACGAGCGCAACACUUCAGAGUAUCACUGACAUCAAUUUGGACGGCAGUGACGUCAACGCAAUCGAUCCGGUAUUCUUUACACUAGCAACAAAUUUGUACACAUUUUCUUUGCUCAACAACAAGUGCUACAAUGGAAAAAUAACCGAUUUUGUCGCGAAAAGAUCGUCGUAUAUGCCAGGUUUCCAAGUCUGCAUUAAUAACUUUACGGCAUAAUAACCUAAAGUUGGUGGGAUAACAGACAAUUUGUUGUUGG